AUGGCUCAAGCUCUCGGCAACAUGCCGUCUUUAGCCGGCAAACUCCUCCGAGCUCCGGUCACCGGCCGGACGCCCUGCUCAGCCAACGUUGCCUGUGCCACCCCGCCCGAGGGUCCGUCGCUGGAUGAUCAGUCUGUCAUCAACGGCAAGAUUAUGCUGGGAGCUUUAUCGGUGAGUGGAGCAGUCGGGAAGCUUAACUUCUGGCCCGACGUUGCUCUCAGGGGUCAGUUUGCGUCAUGCUACCCCUCCGCACCCCGCAGGGAUCAGAGCAUUUACAACAAUUGA